CCCCGCCCCCUCCCCGCGGUUCCCGCGCUCCUCCCCCUCUCGCGAGGCCGCGCGCGCGCCGGGCCAUGGCGGGACCGAGCGGGAGGAACCUGCCGUGGGUGGAGAAGUACCGGCCGCGGGCGCUGUCGGAGCUGGUGUCGCACCGGGACAUCCUCAGCACCAUCCCCCUGCCCUCCCCCAGUCCAGCGGUUCAUCAGUGAGGACCGGCUGCCCCACCUGCUGCUCUACGGCCCCCCCGGCACCGGGAAGACCUCCACCAUCCUGGCAUGUGCACGGCAGCUCUACCGCGAGAAGGAGUUCAGCUCUAUGGUGUUGGAGCUGAAUGCAUCGGACGACCGCGGCAUUGACAUCGUGCGAGGGCCCAUCCUGAGCUUUGCCAGCACCAGGACCAUCUUCAAGAAAGGCUUCAAGCUCGUCAUCCUGGAUGAAGCUGAUGCCAUGACACAGGAUGCACAGAACGCUCUGCGCCGAGUGAUUGAGAAGUUCACUGAGAACACUCGCUUCUGCCUCAUCUGCAACUACCUCUCCAAGAUCAUCCCAGCCCUGCAGUCCCGCUGCACCCGCUUCCGCUUCGGGCCCCUCACCCCCGAGCUGAUGGUGCCUCGGUUGCAGCACGUCAUCCAGGAGGAGGGGGUGGACGUGAGUGAGGAUGGGAUGAAGGCGCUGGUGACGCUCUCGAGCGGUGACAUGCGCAGAGCCCUCAACGUCCUGCAGAGCACCUCCAUGGCCUUUGGGAAGGUGACAGAGGAGAAUGUCUACACCUGCACAGGACAUCCCCUCAAGGCCGACAUCGCCAACAUCCUCGACUGGAUGCUCAACCAGAACUUCUCCACUGCCUAUCACAAAAUCAUGGAGCUGAAGACACUGAAGGGCCUGGCUCUGCAGGACAUCCUCACCGAGAUCCACCUCUUUGUGCACAGAGUUGAUUUCCCACCCUCAGUCCGCAUCCAGCUGCUGAUCAAGAUGGCAGACAUUGAGUACCGGCUGGCUGCAGGCACCAGCGAGAAGGUGCAGCUGAGCUCCCUCAUCGCAGCGUUCCAGGACACCAGGGACCUGAUUGUGGCUGAAGCAUGAGUCGGGCUGGAGCUGCCCCAGGUCUGCUCUGUGUACUCUGUGGUUCCUUCCCACACGCAGCCCAAGGGACAAAAGACAGGCAGUGUUGUAUCUAUGCUUCAUUGGGAAAUGCAAACAUCUCUGAAGGCAA